CUCCGAAACACACCGCAGCCGCACCCCAGUCCCCGGAGUGAGCGCGGACAGGGGGCCGCCGAGCGCCCAGCUCCGUCUGCUCCGGACGCAUUUCCCCCGGCUCAGCGCCAGGAAACAGAAUACUACCCUGCCAUCCCCUUGCGAGUGGGACUGGGUGCACAGCUAUAUCUCAAGCCCAAAACACUUGACCAGGAAUAGACAGAGUGUGUCGAAAACCAGCAUUCCUCACCAGGCCCCAGGCAUGGAAGAGCUGAUAUGGGAACAGUACACUGUGACCUUACAAAAGGAUUCAAAAAGAGGGUUUGGGAUUGCAGUUUCCGGUGGCAGAGACAACCCUCAUUUUGAAAACGGCGAAACGUCCAUAGUUAUCUCAGAUGUCCUCCCAGGUGGCCCAGCAGAUGGAUUACUCCAAGAAAAUGACCGGGUGGUCAUGGUUAAUGGGACCCCAAUGGAAAAUGUUCCCCAUUCUUUUGCAGUUCAGCAGUUAAGAAAAAGUGGGAAAGUGGCUGCCAUUGUAGUGAAAAGACCACGGAAAGUGCAGCUCACCGCUCUAAGGAGAAGCCCUUCUCUUGACCAUGAUGAUAGAGCUUUCGAUAUACUGGAUGACCCAGCAGAGUUUGAUGGCAGGAGUGCUCGAAGUGGCUAUAGUGAUCGGAGCUGGCAUAGCGGCCAUGGAGGUCGCAGCCAAAGCUGGGGAAACAGCCCUGAUAGGAGCUACCGAAGAGAUCAAGAUAGAGGGCGCAACUACAGCAGAGACCACAGCAGGGAACGCAGCUACAGCCGAGAUGGAAGUCGUGGCAGGAGCAUCGACAGGGAGAGAAGUUUGGACCGAGAACGCAGAAGAGACCGGAGCAGAGGCAGGAGCAUCGACAGGGAGAGAAGCUUGGACCGAGAACACAGACGAGACCGGAGCAGGGGCAGGAGCAUCGACAGGGAUGAUGGCUAUGAACGUGGUGCUGGUGACUACAGCCCACCCAGGGAUUACAGUUACAGACAUCAGCCUGACCCUAGAUACGACAAGGAAGCAAGGAGUCAUAGUCGAGACAGACUGAAUUCCCACAGCCCCUUGCUUGAACCACGACGCCAACAUGGCUACCCAGGACAACAGUACCAGGAUAGACCUAUCAGUGUUCUCCUAACAAAAAGCAAACCGAAUGAAGAAUAUGGUCUCCGACUUGGGAGUCAGAUUUUCAUAAAAGAAAUGACCAGUACUGGCCUGGCAACUAAAGAUGGUAAUCUGUAUGAAGGCGACAUAAUACUCAAGAUUAAUGGUACAGUGACAGAGAAUAUGUCGCUAGCUGAUGCCCGAAAAUUGAUUGAGAAAUCACGAGGAAAACUCCAGUUGGUAGUCCUCAGAGACAGAAAACAGACACUGCUCAACAUCCCUUCGUUGCAUGAUAGUGACUCAGAAAUAGAAGAUAUUUCUGAAAUUGAGUCAAACCGAUCAAGCUCCCCUCAAGAUGACCAAAAAUUACAUCACUCUGAUUUCGACUCUCAUUCCUCCAAUGAAAAACUAAAGGAAAAGCCAAAUACAAAAGAGGAUCCACCCAACAGGUUGUCCAGGAUGGGAGCGAUGCCCACGCCUUUUAAAUCAACCAGUGAUAUAGCUGCUGCUGUCAUCGUCACUGACACAAACAAAGAACCAAAGUACAAAGAUGACCUGCCAGUAUCUCAACCAAAAGUAGCCCCAAGAACCUUUCUUCGACCUAGUCCUGAAGAUGAAGCAAUAUACGGUCCUAAUACGAAGAUGGUAAAAUUCAAGAAAGGAGACAGUGUGGGUCUGCGGCUGGCAGGUGGGAAUGAUGUAGGGAUAUUUGUCGCUGGAAUUCAAGAAGGCACCUCAGCUGACCAGGAGGGGCUACAGGAAGGAGAUCAGAUUCUUAAGGUAAACACGCAGGAUUUUAGAGGCAUUGUGCGGGAGGAUGCUGUUCUCUACCUGUUAGAAAUUCCCAAAGGUGAAACUGUGACCAUUUUGGCUCAGAGCAAAUAUGAAGUGUAUAGAGACAUAAUGGCCUGUGGCAGAGGGGAUUCAUUUUUCAUAAGGAGUCACUUUGAAUGUGAGAAGGAAUCUCCACAGAGUUUAGCAUUCACCAGAGGGGAGAUCUUCCGAGUAGUUGAUACACUGUACGAUGGCAAACUGGGUAACUGGCUGGCUGUGAGAAUUGGAAAUGAACUGGAAAAGGGCAUCAUUCCAAAUAAAAGCAGAGCUGAGCAGAUGGCCAGUGUUCAGAAUGCCCAAAGAGAUGGCUCGAGUGACAGGGCAGAUUUCUGGAGAAUGCGUGGCCAACGAUCUGGAAUGAAAAAGAAUCUGAAAAAGAGUCGUGAAGAUCUGACAGCGAUUGCGUCUGUUAGCACAAAGUUCCCAGCCUAUGAGCGAGUUCUGCUGCGAGAGGCUGGUUUUAAGAGACCUGUGGUGAUAUUUGGCCCCAUUGCAGAUCUAGCGAUGGAAAAGCUGUCAAAUGACUUGCCUGAUCUGUAUCAAACUGCCAAGACAGAACCCAAAGAUGCAGGUUCAGAGAAAUCAACUGGUGUGGUGCGUUUGAACACUGUGAGGCAAAUUAUUGAGCAGAAUAAACAUGCUUUGUUGGAUGUGACUCCUAAAGCAGUGGAUCUCUUGAACUAUACCCAGUGGUUCCCAAUUGUAGUGUUCUUCAACCCAGACAGUAAACAGGGUGUGAAAACUAUGAGGCAAAGGCUAAGUCCCACAUCUAACAAGAGUUCCCGGAAGCUUUACGAUCAAGCAAAUAAGCUGAAGAAGACUUGCUCCUAUCUUUUUACAGCUACCAUCAAUCUGAAUUCAGCCAAUGAUAGCUGGUACGGCAGCCUCAAAGAUACAAUUCAGCAACAGCAAGUUGAAGCAGUAUGGGUAUCGGAAGGAAAGAUGGAAGGAAUGGAUGACGACAUGGAAGAUCGCAUGUCAUACCUAACAGCUAUGGGUGCUGACUACCUGAGCUGUGACAGCCGCUUGAUCAGUGACUUAGAAGACACAGAUGGAGAAGGAGGUGCAUACACGGACAAUGAGCUUGAUGAGCCAUCAGAUGAACCAAGUGUUUCCUCUAUUAGCCGAUCUUCUGAGCCUGUGCAGCUUGAGGAAAGUAUAAGAAAACCCAGCCCAGAACCAAAAGCUCAAAUGAGAAGGGCUGGUAGCAGAGAGAUACUUAGAGAUCCCAGCCCACCUCCAGCAUUCAAGCCCGAGCCACCUAAGGGUAAACUACAAAACAAAGAGGAUGUAUAUGACUUUCCCAAGAACUAUGAAUCUAAACCAAAUAGCUCUAGCACUGUCAGCAAUGAGACUUCAGCUGUAUUAUCCAAGGCAGCAGCACCUCCUGUUUCUGUGAAACCUGCCUUUGGGCGUCCUAUACUGAAGACAUCUCAGCCAGCAGUUCCAGCCGCAGAGGAGGAGGAGGAGGAAGAUGAUGUAGAUGGAGGAGAGAGUGCUCCAAAAUCUGUACUGGGGAAAGUUAAAAUAUUUGAGAAGAUGGAUCACAAGGCAAGGUUGCAAAGAAUACAGGAGCUACAAGAGGCACAGAAUGCCAGGUUGGAAAUAGCCCAGAAACACCCAGAUAUCUAUGCUGUCCCAAUCAAAACACAGAAGCCAGACCAGAAUUGGCCCCAGCCCAUGAGUUCCAGACCUCCAGAGCCUCAGAAACCCCCUACCAGGCCUUACCUAGAAAAUAGAGGAAGUUAUGGCAGUGACGCAGAGGAGGAAGACUACCGUCGGCAGCUAUCAGACAACUCCAAGCGCGGAUAUUACGGACAGCCAUCCAGAUAUAGGGACACAGAAUUGUAGACUCACUAGCACAUGCAUCUAUAGUGCCCUUUUGAAACUCUUUUCCUUCAACAGCCAAAAUGAAGUUCUGGUUAGUUAUAAAGUUAUAUUUUUGUUGGGGGUCAUAGCAGGGCCAGUGCUAUCAUUUAGGCAGCCUAGGCAAUUGCCUAGGGCGCCAGGAUUAUUUGGGGGGUGGCAUUUUGCCAGGGGGG